AUGGGCCGUUUGAUUGAUAAGGAGCUACCAUAUAAGCCCGAAACCCCUCUACGGCUGGUGGUUGUGGGACUUUCCCGCACUGGCACGGCUUCUCUAUAUCUGGCAUUGCAGGAACUAGGCUAUACUCCAUGGCACAUGUGCGAGCCCGUCGACAACCCCAGUCGUAUGUACAACCAAUGGACAGAGGCUAUGAAUUGCCACUUCUUUGGAGGAACUCGUCCCUACGAUCGGAACGACUUCGACAAACUGCGAGGCCGGUAUGAUGCGCUGUUGGAUAUUCCAGCCUGCCUAUUUUGGGGUGACUUGCAUAAGCUGUAUCCGGACGCGAAGAUAAUCCUCACAACACGGUCCGGGGAAUCUUGGUUCAAAUCGGUUCAUGCAACCAUCAUUCCCUGGUUGGAGAAGCCCAUGUUGAAAUUUCUCCAGCAUUUUGAUAGCAAGCGACUAGGGCCCGAGAUGCGCAUGGUCAGAACGGCAUACAAAGUCAUCUGCGACAAUAAUUAUCACAGCUCCAAUAUGAUUGAUUCCUAUCUCCAACACAAUCAGCGGGUCAGGAAUGGAGUCAAUCCAGAGCAAUUCCUGGAGCUCCAGCUCGGUGAUGGGUGGGAACCACUAUGCGCAUUCCUCGGUGUGCCAGUGCCGGAUAAGCCAUAUCCCAGGGUUAAUAAUACCAAUGAGUUCAAUCAGGGCGCAGAAGACGCCGAUGCGGCAAUGCUGACUGGCAUGUUCAAGAUGUGGCUAGCUGUAUUGGUACCCGUGACAGUAGCUGGGCUGUGCUUCUAUUUUCAAAGGGCAUAA